GCGACUCCUUUUCCUAGUAAUGUGGCUGAACCUAUUGCCUCAAACUGACAGCUGCCCUGCCAAGUGUGUGUGCUACAGUGAGCCCAGGCCCACUGUUGCUUGCCAACAACAAGGACUGUUUUCCAUUCCUUCAGAGAUUCCUGUACGGAGCCAACGGAUAUUCCUCCAGAGUAACAAGCUGACUGUGGUGAGGUCCACUAGCUUCAGUUCUUGCCACAAUCUUACUGUUCUCUGGCUCUACUCAAAUAACAUAAGCUACAUUGAGGCUGGAGCCUUUUUUGGUUUGGAAAAAUUGGAGGAACUGGACAUUGGCGAUAACAGCAACCUCCGCACCAUUAGCCCAACAGCCUUUAGGGGUUUAACUAAGCUGCACACCCUUCACCUGCACAGGUGUGGCCUGUCAGAGCUCCCUGUUGGGGUUUUCCGAGGAAUGUUCUCUCUCCAGUACCUUUAUCUGCAGGACAAUAACAUUCCCACACUGCAUGAUGACACCUUUGUGGACCUUGCCAACCUCACCUAUCUCUACCUGCACAACAACAAGAUUAAGAUAGUAACUGACAACAUGUUUCGUGGCCUAAUAAAUUUAGACCGGCUUCUACUGCAUCAAAACAGGGUAAUUUUUGUCCAACCCAGUGCUUUUAGUGAUCUCGGUAAAUUAAAAUCCCUGUUUCUGUUCUUCAACAACCUUACUGUCUUGACUGGGGAGACAAUGGACCCCCUGAUUUCUCUCCAGUAUUUGCGCUUAAACGGUAAUCAGUGGAUUUGUGACUGCCGGGCAAGGACCUUAUGGGACUGGUUCAAACGUUUCAAAGGUUCCAGCUCAGAAUUGGAGUGUCAUGUCCCAGAGUUCCUGGCAGGAAAAGACUUGAAACAACUGAAAAGUGAAGAAUUGGAGGGAUGCAUUGAAACAACACAUAUCCAGACAAGUCUUUUCAAUUCCAAGGCACAGGCUGGAAAAUUUUCUUCAACUGAAAGUCCUCUAGGUGACACCAUUCCCAGGUGUUGUCUUGGAGAUAAUGACAAGUCCUCCAUCCUGUCAGGAAAGAGUCGACAGAUCACUAAUAAUGGUCUGAAGGGAAAGGAGAACAUGUCCAAGACCAAUUACAAGCUCCAAGAAAGAACAAAAAAUGAGACCCAGAAUAAGCAGAAUGAUGGGCCACUCGGAACGUUAUCUAACAACCUGGACAAGACAUUGGAAAAUCUAAACCCAGAGUUCAUAGAGAAUCCGGAAUCAUCUACAGCGUCAAACAAAAAGAAAAAGAAGUGUUCCAAAAAACCCAAAUUGGAUGCCCACUGCAGUAAAAGCCAGAGCUCUACUUUGCAAGUGCUGCACUUUCUUAUAAUUCCCAUGAUUUGGAUAUCUUUAGCCAUGUCUUAGGACUCCUGACAACACUCUGCACAAAGGACUAAAGAAUGUUUAUGCUAAUGACAAUGAUACAGAAGAUCCAGUGACACCUACAACAGGCAGUGACUGAAAAACAGGGAGUCAUGUUGACCCAACAUCGCUGGAGACAAACAAUAAGGAAAACAGUACAAUAAAAGAAAUGGAUGCCUUUACAGAACAAUACAGAUCCAAUGUAAAUAUUGAUUUGGUGCCCAAAAUUGUUUGUUCUCUAUGUACUCAACUGUACUGUGUCUAAGCUACACCUGGGAGAAUUCUCCCAUUUUCCCCGUUGAAAGCGUUUAUUUAGACAGAUCGUGUAAGAACAAAACAAAGGACUAAAUCAUAGGUGAUUAAAAAAACGUCAUGCAACAAAUCAGAGACACAAUGAAUACCAAGAAUGUUUGGUCUGUUUAAAAAAGAAAAAUAAUUCCCCUCUCAUUAUUUAUUCAAAAUCAUACAUUUGUUGCAAUGUUUUUUUUAUGUUUAUUCAAACAAAUGUUUUGCCUCCCCUGGAUUUUAGUUCUAUAUUUUCAUGAAAGAAAGGAAAUAUGGGGAGCAUUUGUGAAAUGAAUGCCAUGCUUUUAUUCAUUGGAGAUUGCAAUGGAAUCAUAGAUAUGCAUUUAUUUUACUUGUGUACAAGUAUGAAUAUAUUAUGAAUAAAAGUUCUUAUUUCAUAAA